UGCAGGCAUUGCAGCUGUUUCGCGACAUGGAGCUGCAGAGGAUCAAGGCCAAUGAUAAGACCUAUGGAGCAUUGGCAAAGGCAUUUGAACGAGGCCGCCAAUGGCAGCGUGCCCUUGAUCUCUCGUCCCUGGGCGACGGCGUCCCAGCGGGCGCGGCCGUGUCGGCCCUGUCGGAGUCGGCGCCCAUGGCGCCGUUGCUGGCGAAUUUGGAGGACCGGACCAGGACCAGUCCGGCCUUAUUGGGGCAUGCGGGGUCGGAAAAAGCUCCCGCGAAUUUAUGGAUUUUUGAGGAUUUUUUGGGCAAUUGCUGGAGGAUGGGGUCUUGGAGGAGGGAUUGGAAGCUGGAUGUUGUGAACGUGCUUGUUCAGCAUGGAGCAGAUGUCAACUGGCGACCGCACAAGAAAAAGGAGCCGUUGCUUCACAGUGCGGCACGCUUUGGCCAUGUACCGGUGAUCAAAGCAUUGCUGGACAGCAAGGCUCAGCUCCAUCGACGUCUCAAAGGUGCAGGCGAAGCCAUCCACGACGCGGCGCAUUUCGGACACCUUGGCGCCCUGGCGGAGCUGGUGGAGCAGAGGGCCCAGCCGUUUUCCAAAACCUCCAGGGGCAGUACGACACCAUUGGACCUGGCCAUGGAAGCGGGGCACCAACCUGUGGUUGGAUAUCUGCAGGAGCUGGCAGCACGGCACUCCGAGCUGUGAGGAAAAAAACGGAAGACUGGAAAUCAGCUCCCACCAUUUGGAUCGAUUCGGG